AUGCUGGCAGCAGGUUGGAGCGACGGGACGGUGGUUGUGUACAACGUAGAAUCCGUAGAUGCAAUAAGAGCAGUUGCUUCCACGGCCAUGAACGGCAAGCACAUUCUUCCUGUGUGUAAGGUCAAGUGGGUACACACUGACCCUGGCGAAGACCUCUCCCUCUUCUCUGUGGCAAAAGAUGGUCGCCUCACACAGUGGUACUUCGGCGACUCUCGGUUAAAAUCCAAAGACAUUUUCAGCUUCACUCAGGACUUCAAAAGUGAUAAAAGUUCUUUUGAAGGUUGGAAUGUUUAUGCUUGGUUUUCUCCGUGCUGCUUGUAUCAUAUACCUGUCAACUGCUAUAACCCAUGCCUAAUUUUUGCGAUCAGAUCAACAAUUGCCCCAUGGAAUCGUUUCUUGUGCCAGGUCGCCUACUUCGGUGAUUUAUUUCCUGUGGAUUACGCACUUCAGUCUCAAUCUCAGUAUGGGAAUCUCAGCACAGGUACGUGUAUAGACUUCAGACCGGACAAUGAAAGCGAACUCCUUGUGGGAAUCGACACCGGACUCGUUAUCCAGUGUUCUGUGUCCUGUUCGUCGCACACCUUUAUCCGGUACCCCGCCCACUCUGCGCCCGUGAGAGACGUGGGCUGGAACAAGUAUUAUUACAAGAUCUUCAUCUCUUGUUCCGUGGACUGGUCGGUUAAAGUCUGGCUCCAGGAUACUACGACGCCCCUUAUCACCCUGGACAUGGGAGGUUCCGUGGCCGCCGCGAGUUGGUCAGCCUUCAGCAGCAGCGUCUUCGUGGCGGUGACGGACGAAGGUCGAAUAUACGUGUACGACCUCCACGUCCGGCAGUCACGGCCACUGUGCGUCCAGAGCGUGAUGCAGAAGCGGCGCGUGGUGAUGACGAGCCUCUCCUUCAACACGUAUCACCCGAUCAUCCUCAUCGGCGGCGAAAAAGGCCACCUGAUAUCCCUCAAGCUCUCGCCAAAUCUGCGGCAGGUAAACAAGGAUCCGCGAGACAUGGAGGAGAUGUCGCACAAGGAAGUGGAAAUGUGCAAGAUGGAGAGACUCAUCGCCGUGAACAAGGGGUAGAUUGGUGGCCUUACGCUGCUAUAGGACUCAGGG